CUUUUCUAUUCCAUUUGAGGUCGUGUAUUGGUGACGUUUUCGAAUCCAACUAUAUCCUGAUGUACACUUUUCCACAUGUUUACAUCGAGAUUUCGGAUUUGAAAUAGAACAAAAUUUGUAAAAAUGAAUAAACAACGUGAACCAGUGAUCAGAAAUACGGACGAAAGUCAAUUGUUUGGAAUAAUCGCUGCUUUUGUUGCAGUUUUAGUGACAUUAGCUAUUUUUCUUAUAUGGAGACGAAGAAAAUCUGUUGGAAAAAAUAUCCUUCUUACUGGUCUCAGUGACGCAGGCAAAACUGUACUGUACACAAAGUUGUUCAGUUCUAAGUCAAUCAGAACUCACACUUCUGUCAAAGAGAAUGUGGGCAACAUUGUCAUCAAUGAUAAAACCUUGCAAAUUGUUGAUAUUCCCGGCCAUGAGCGGUUGAGAUACAAAUUUUUUGACAAGUAUAAAAAUUCAGCCAGAGGCCUUAUUUAUGUAAUCGAUUCUGUAACUUUGUCAAAAGACAUCAGAGAUGCUGCCGAGUUCUUAUAUACGCUGCUGUCGGACGAGGUUAUGCAAAAAGACAUCAGUGUUUUGAUAUUAUGCAACAAACAGGAUCAAACAAUGGCAAAGGGUUGUGGAAUAGUUCAAACCUUAUUAGAAAAAGAAAUAAAUUUAUUACGUCUUACUAAAAUGAAUCAGCUCGAAGCAACUGACUCGACGUCUGCAAAUUCGUUUGUCGGAAAACAGGGCAAAGAUUUUGAAUUCUCUCAUCUUGUUAAUAAAGUUGAUUUUGCAGAAGGCAGUGUUUCCGACAUCGAUCAAGUGAAAUUAUGGUUGGAAAAAGUAGUUUGAGAUUCCAAAGUUUGCAAUUACUAAAACAUCUUCAACCAUAAAUGAGAAUUAAAUUCUCAAUUUAUCCGGAGCCAUUAAUUAAGUUUGAAUUCGAGUUACAUUUUGUUCCGUUUUAUUUGACCUCGAUAAUUUAUAUUUAUUAUCAAUCAGUUGUUCACUACGAGUCACUGAUUCGUAGUCUUGACUUUGUGUAAUAAAGCACUUUUGUAUCGAUUCUAUUA